AUGAAGUCCUCAAUUUUGGCCCUCGCCUUGCUGAUGGCCGGCGCCUCGGCGACGAUCACUGAUCUCAACUGCACAUCGGCCGGAGUGUACGACAAGUCUGCCUUCAACUGCGAGAACGUGCAAAACGACGCUUUCUGCACGGCCGUGUUCGGCACCACGGCGUUGACUGUUGGAGACAAUACUGAUCGCCCGAACGCCUGCUGGAAGGGCACCACCGACUUUGACCCGAACAUUCAAAUGGGAGCCGUGGCUUCUUGCCCCAAGACCUGCGGAUAUUGCUGCUUGUCGUCGGCGUUCACUUGCACCAACAAGGAAUUCCCUCGCGUCAACUGCAAGACGGUCACCGACGCGCAGUGCAAGGACGUUCUUUGGCGUCAAAUCUUGGCUGAUGACUGCCCGGCCCGAUGUGGAUUCUGCAAUGAUGGUGGAUGCAUCGAUGCCGCCAUCGAGUGCGCCAACGACAAGUCGAUCUGCAGGAACGUUGAUACCAUCGACUUUGCCCGCGCCAACUGCAAGAAGACGUGCGGAUACUGCGAAGGAUCGAGCACGACGGGAGUGACCGGAAGUACCACUCGGGCUUAUGGAUGCCAGGAUCAGAAUCCUAUGAUGUGCGGAAAGUGGCAACAAAACGGCUUCUGCCAGUCGUCCUUCUACCCGGAUGCCCAGAAGCGCCAGUACUGCGCCCGCACAUGCAAUAUGUGC